UACAGGCCCAGAGGAUUCUGCCAGCAAUUAUUAUGGCAGUAGCGCGUCACGUUUGUGUGUGUGAGGGUUGGAGCGCUCUUUCAACACAUCGGCAAGUUUGUGAGCUCGAUAGCCCGACAGGAUUUUGCAGAUAUUAUCAUGUAACCGAGUACAACUGAGUUGGUCGCCGCUUGUUUUGUUCGUUCCCCGAUCUGAUCCGCGCCGUGCCCUGUGCGUUCAUUCCCCGUUUCCCGUUUUCCGUUCCUGCAAAUUCGCCUCGCGCAACCUUUCUCACAUGUCGGCCUCCCGACCCAUAACCCUCAAAACGCGGAAUCCCAUGCGCAACCCUCGAAUAAAUCUCGACCACAAGUGUUUUCCCUUCCUUGUUUUUAAUUCCCGUUUUCUAAACGCUCCUCGUUGAAACGUACCCGUUAUUAUUUUCGACGUGCGCCGAAAUGCCGCCUUGAGAAAAUUAUAGUUUAGUUUGUUGUUGUACGGACAUAGUUAUGAAAUUUAAUGUUGUUAUCAGUUGUAGUGAUAGUGAACUUGUACCGAACCCCGGUAAAAAUACCUGUGUCGUGUUAUGGUGGUCGGAACUAUCCAGAUCUCAGGAUUCCGCUUCUGCGAACAGGGUACUGAUGAACCUGGCUAGUUGCGACUCACGAUAACUCACGAUGACGUCGUUCCUGUUCUCAUCGGCGAUCACGAACCCCCUGUUGACCGCAUCAGAGGACAGGACGCAGAUCAGCGGACCUGGAUCCGGACCCGUGCCUGGUCCCGGGCCCGGACCUGGACAUGGACCUGGACCGGCCAAGAGGUUGCCCAGCUUCGAGGACGGCGAUGACUCGGAGCGGUCACAACUCAAGAAGCGUCGCAAACAAUCGAAACCGGUAAGAAUAACUUUAGACGACGAUGACCCGACCGCGGCCCGCGAGAACGGCAACGAGGGUGCGAACCAAACCCAGGACCAGGACGAAAACCAGAGUGAGGAGGGGUCAUCCGAGGUCAGCGACGGCUCAGCAAGCCCGGACCCGGAGCCUCCCGAUAGUCCACCGCAGUCGAAGACCGAAAUCGCGCGAUCGGCCCCCUUGGAUCUGUCGAAACUAUCCAGCGGAGAUUCAGACGUUAGCGUGGACGUCAUGUCCUUCUUAGAGAAGACUGAGACUGAACCUGGGGUCAACGAGUCGCCAUAUCACCAGUUCCAGGGACCAUAUCCUAAGCCCCCGCCCGAGCCCUUCAACCCCCUCGCUCCCACCCUGCCAACCUCUUUCAAGCAGUUCCGCAGCCCUGCUCUCAAAUCCCCCAUCGGCCUGGGCCCCAUGAGGAUUUUCAAUCCCGAGGCAUUCUGCAACCUUUGCAACAAGGAGUUCUGCAACAAAUAUUUCCUCAAGACCCACAAAGCCAAUAAACACGGAAUUUACUCGGAGAGCAUGAGUGGGAAUCCUCUGGAAUCGCUGAACACGGACUACCAACCGAGCCCCGUCGACGUGUCUAGCCCCAACCCCGCAGUCAAGUUCUGGUUUUCGCGGAAACCGUUUUUCGUUGGCUCUGGUGGGUCGUUUCCCAAGUAUUCGACCUCGCAGGCACCAUCGAGCGGUGCCAAAGCAUACUGCAACAUUUGUCAGAGGCAGUUCUGCAACAAGUACUUCGUUCGGCGGCACAAAGCUAAGAUCCACGGUAUUGUGGAGUCGACAGAGUCCACCUAUACCGAGGAUUACAGCUUCCUUGACUUGAAACUUCAGUACGAGGAGUCGCAGGCGCAAGAGGCUGGCGUGGACCCUGACUCGGAUGACUACUCUCGGAACCCUAAUUUCUCGGAGAUAAGUCCCUCUCAAUCGGCACCCCCCGUGACGUCAGAAACUGCGGCGACGCCAAACACACCACUGGCCUCGUCGCAGCCGAAUGUUCAGGUUGGCUCGAAGGCGUUCGAUUGUAAUGCCAACCCUGGUUCCAACUCAAACUCUACCUCAAGCCACAGUCGGCCGGUGUGCGAAGUCUGCGAAAAAGAGUUCUGCAGCCGGCACUCUCUGCGCCGCCACAAAGCCAAAGUGCACGGUAUCCGUUCCUCCGUCAUCAGCACCUCCCUGGGGCAAGAUGUACUCCUCGAAAGACUUCAAAAUGACGACAGCUCCCGCAGCUUCUCCGACAGCGAGAGCUAUCACAAAAGCGAGGCUCAAGAAGACUCGCAAGACUGCCGCAAAGACUUUUCCAGAGUCAGCGAGGAGACUGAUGUUAACCCUGCCGACCGGGACUCUUCCACACCAAAUAGAUCUAUUAAAAUAGAGCCGGGUCUCGUUCCCUCCUCAUCCGGCCCUUCGAACUUCGCAUUCCCGAAUGAGAGCAUCAGCCCAAGACCGAGCGAAGAUCACGACCGAAACGAGAUUUGCAGAUGCGAAAUGUGCGGCAAACCAUUCCAAAGCCAGUUCCUACUCAGCAUGCACAGGACGUACUUCCAUAACUUCCCUGAGGCUAACCACUUUCGUCAAGAAGCUAGAUCUCCGAACUCUCCGGAUGGCAACAGAAGGAGUAAGUAUGAUGGUGUCAAGAGAGAGCACAACGAGGAAGACAUUCAAAAGUUACACUCUUUGAUCAUGAAGUUGAACAACUUAAACGUUGAGAAUGUGACGGUUUGUGACGUGUGUAGCGAGGACUUGGGCCACAUAUCAGCUCUAGAGAACCAUAUCCUCCGGGAGCAUGGCGAGCUUUUGGACGAGGUGAGUCGGAUGAUAGACGAAGAGGCACCACACCACGUCUCCGAGUCCAAGUUCGCUUGCCGGAUUUGUCAGCAUCAAUUCUCAUCUGCAGCGCAGCUGGAUCAACAUGUAUGCGUUCAGACCCCCGGGCCAAGCUUGAAGAUUCCACAGCCAACCUCCGGACCAUCGCAACCGGAGCCCGCGCAGAAAAGCGAGCCCCACCAUAGUCAGACACCCUCGACGAGCUUCUGCGACAUCUGCAAGAAGGAGCUCUGCAACAAGUACUUCAUGAAAACCCACAUGCAGCGAAUGCACAACAUUUCCAUCGAGACUGGAGCCAACGUCGGCGGGGUCGUCUGCGACAUUUGCAAUAAAACUCUCUGCAGCAAGUACUUCCUGCGCGUGCAUAAGCAGAACUCUCACGGGAUCGUGGACGACGUCCUGUUGCCACCGCGGCUUUGGACCGCCGACGCGCGGAACCAAUCGCCCACUCAAGUCGACGCAUCGUUGAAACCCACCGAAAAAACAGACUUCAGCUACAAAUACUUCAGUCACUUCCUAGAGGUCUGUCCGCUGUGCUUCCGCCGGUUCCGCAGCACCAAGUGGCUACGAGCACAUCUUCUCAAUGAACACGGAGAGGAAGGUAAACUCAAGUGGCUUCAUUUCCAGAACCAACUCAGUGUCAACAGCCUCCCCUCGGCGGCCAAACUGGAUUCUCCGACCAACAGAGAGGAGGACGGUGCAGAUGCAACCCUCAACCUAGCAGCGCUGAAUGAGAACAUGCUGGCUGAGAUCAUUAAUGGCAAAAACUCCACCGUGAAGCAGUGUAGUUACUGUCCCUUCUCUACCAGAGUCUUGGCCCUGCUCUUCAUGCAUGAGCGGACCCACAUCAUGGGCGGAAACUCGGGGGCUGAGGAAGGUUUUCAGUGCCCUCUAUGUCGAGACAAGCUUCCAACUGGCAUGGAACUAGAGAGGCACGUCGCUAGGCACUAUAACAUAUCGCUCCCGGACAGGAGGAAAGGCUUCGACGACAGUCCGACUAAGAAAGAGGAGAAUGGAGAUCCUACAGGAUCGGUACUCGACGCUGAUUCAAAAACAGUCUUAGAGCAUCUGAGGAGGAACCCCGCGCUAGAUCUAAACAUAAUCCGCAGGGGUCAUAGCAAAGACUUAUCUAGAGGCGGCUCUAACGGUGCUGAUGAGCGGCCAGAUACAGCUAAGUCACCCGUUGGUGGCGGCUUUACUCUGGGGUCGGAUUUUCGGGGCAGACAGGAAGCUGACAUCACGGAUACCGUGUCCAAAAUGAAGGAGGCGCUCCACGCGGCGUCCGUCAAAACUAACCUGCCGACAACGUUCGCCAUUCCACAGAAUCAGGACUCCUACAUCAUGCAGCCGUUUUAUCUCGAAAAUGUUGCAUCAGACCAAUCGACGGAGCCCUCUGGCUCUUUCCUAUCAUCACUCGUGUACUUGCCAGUUAAACAAAAAUUGAGCAAAGCCGUUACUGUCUCGUUUAAACUCACACCCACUUAGCACGUUUGCACCGUGGUAAAGUACACCGUUCAUUUGGUAAAUUACUGUAGAGGGAUUUACUUGGCACCAAUUAAUUACUGGAUUAAGCUUGAUGUACGAUCAAUUGAAUGUGUAUCAAGCCUAGUUAAGCUUGAAUUUUAUCCAAUUCUUGAGUUAGAUUGUUGGAUUCUCUACCAGAGGAGAAAUGAUGACGUUACAAUGGCUGGCCUCCUUCUUAGAGGUCUCGGAUAUGAAGUAUUAACAUCAAAUACUUUCUAUGAGGAGCUGAGGAUGUAUGGAAAAAAUUGGGCGAGAAUAGUACUAGGAAAGGAGGGCACUAAUGCACUAUGCUGAACAAUGGUAAACGAGCUAUUUUGCAUGGGGGAGAGGGGAGGGGUCUUACGGUGAAUAAUUUCCCCUAAAGAGAAGGUGAAGGGCUGAAAAAAAAAAUCCUAAAAAUCACGGGAAAUGACUUUUGUUUGGGGGAGGGGGGUCCUAUGAUCAUGAGGAGUAGGUACGGACUUCUCAGCCCAACCCCUGGCUACAUCACUGGCACUGAAAAUUACGUAUUUUGAUUUGAUAGGGUUGGAUAGAAUACAACGAUAAUUUCGAAAUCUGUAUUUCUCCUUUGCUCACAUUUCAUUUUAAACUUAAAAUAUAUUUUCCAUACAUUUCUUUUAGUGUGAUUAUGACAUUGAACGUGAGGAAUCAUUGAAAAUUUUAUUAAGAAUGAAAAUACAUUAAUAGGCUUGAAAACGAAUUCUGUAAGCUCACAGAAUGCAGAGCUUUUGUAGUUUUCAUAAGAAUGAGAAAAUACUCUUGUGACUUCUAUGAAGCUCUGCGGUCCGCAAGAUUGAAGCAACGAUGUUCAGUUACACAGGCAGCGCGGACAGAGAUAACAUUUUCCUUCCGAAGUUAAGAUAUGCAACAAGCCAUGAUUGCCGCUCUAUUCCAAUUAAGAAAAAAUAAGUCAGUUUUACGAUGUUUCCCUCCUUUGAAGUAUUUCUUUUCUACUUUUUUCUCCUAUUUUUCCUUUUUCCAGUAGUACGUCCAUUUUCUAUGAAAAAAGAAAAGAAUUCAACAAUUUCGGACCUUCGUAAAAAAAAAAAGACUGCACCAAAUAUCUAGCCACAAUUAUUUUUGACGGAACUCUGUUCCGGUGUUGAAUAUAAUAAUGUAUAAUAUAAUGUAUAGCAGAGCCAUAGUUCUCUCUCUAAUUGCGUCCUCUUCCAAUUUAUUGCAAUGGAAAUAUUAAUUGGAAUUGGUUAUCCUCUUUCCGAAAUUUUAUUAUCCUAAUACGAAAUAUUUUAAAUCACUCAUAGUUGGCUAUUAUGUGGAGAAAAUGUGGGCAACGGUAAAUUAAUAUGGGAAGUGGUGGCGGUAAAAAAAUAUGAAAUCAUUUUUCAGUAUUUUUAGCAAUGAUAAAACGUCAUAAGUGUUCAGUGAUGUGUUAUGCUUAUCAAAAACCAACUCCAAGCUAAUUUUGCACAAUGCUUAUCGCAGAGAUUUAAACCUAUAUGGAAACGUUUUCGCUCUGAAACUGAUAAAUUCUAAUAAGGACUUGGCAAUGAAAUAUUGCCCAAUACAAGGAUAACUUUUAUUCAAAAGGUCGCACACGUGUACCUCAGAUCUUCCUGCGUUCAGCUCACAAAAGUCACUUGCAGCUUUCACACAUUCGCCUGUCUUGGGACCUCCCCCCUCCCUCCACCAGGAAAUGGCUAGGGUGGCAAGACAGAAUAAUUUCUCUGGUCCCUCUUUUCCUCUAGGUUUACUAAUGACUCUGUGAACUGGUUAUACGUCAUUCAUCGAGGCUUUAAGAGAAACUCGAUGGUUUCACAUUGCUAUAUUCUUUGAAACUGCAAGAUUGCGUAUCUCGAUCAGCAACGAUGCAGAAUUCCUGUUAUGAUUUAUUUUCUAAACGGAAAAGUACUCAACGUCAUUUGGUAAAAACUCUUCGAAUUUUCUCAUCUUUGUGAAUUUCAAGCUAUGAUGUCAGGAUUUUUCGUUUGAUUAAAUAAAAUGGAACCGGAGAUUCUGCAACACCAUGAACGAACUACGCGUUUUUGCAGUUUCAUCAUCGAUAUUCGGUGAAGUAUUUCGACAUGAAGUAUUUCAACGUGAAGUAUUUCAACGUGAAGUAUUUCAACGUGAAGUAUUUCAAGUGUAUAUAUUUGCUUGAUUUCCAGGGUCAAUUCGUUGUUUUUAAACGCACAGUUCACUAGUCAUCGUUGACCUAAGAUUCCAGCUCAUCUCAUUUCAAGCUAAAAUUUAUUCUCAGGAAUUGAUAAAAUUCACCAAAAUUAGUGCCAAUGUAGGUCACAAUUUUGAAAAAUUGCAUGUUACCACGCCUGCAGGAAUUCGAUUGGAUUUGGAGGGGUUAUUAAGAUUGCCAACAUAUCAGUACUACUCGACAAAGAAUUGAUAUCAUGCUUCUGAACUUAAUUCCGUUUAAUAAAUAUUAAGACUAAUUUUAGGUUUUGUAUGCUAAUUUUCUUAACCACUAACCCCAUUGUAUUUUUUGCUGAAUAUUGAAAGACACUGUUAAUACGCAUGAAAAAAAUGUAAAAUAAUGAUUGGUGUAUCUUGUGAGAGAGCCGUGAAAAUAAGUGUUAAAUGGCUUCAUUUACAUUCCGAAUUUUCAUUUUACGCCAAGUAAAUUUCCUGAAUUAACUUACGGUGUAAAAGACUGAAUCAUUAUUGAUGUUUGAGUACAAUGGUUAUAGGUUAGCAUUGUGAAAAAGUCAAUAGUGAUAUAACUAAAGUUCCUAACGCGCCUUUAAAAAUCAUCAUUUACAGUGUUAUAGAAAAUGUCAUUUUUCCUUAAGUGUG